AUGACAGAUUUAGUUGAGUUCACCGCUCACUUUGAUGACCUGGUGCCACCAAGGCCAGUAGAACACUUCGGUAGCUCAGAUUUGUCUUUUGGAGGAAGAAUCGAGCCUCCCUUGAAGAUUCAUGAAGAUGGCGGUGAGCGUGGCUGCGGUGGAAAAGUUUGGCUAGCGGGUGAAAUGUUGUGCAACUACUUAAUAGAGAAAUCCGACUCGAAAGGACUCCUCUCUCUAAGUCAGUUGUCGAAUGGUUCUUGUCAUUUUAGAAACGUUCUAGAGUUAGGCAGUGGAACAGGCUUAGUAGGGUUGUGUGCUGGCUCCUUGGCUAAAUCUAACAGCUUGAAAGUUAAAGUCUUUGCAACAGACAUUGGCAAUCUGGUAGAACUGUUGAAUGUUAAUACACAACUGAAUAAUCUUGAUAAGUAUGUUUUUCCCGAAAUCUUGAUGUGGGGAGAAGCUUUGGCGGAAAAAUUCGAGGGCGACGCUACUGAUAAGAUAGACCUGAUUUUGGCCGCAGACUGUGUUUAUUUAGAAGCAGCAUUCACCUUGCUGGAGAAGACACUUUUAGACUUGACGGACGGCUCACAUCCACCAAUUGUGUUGAUGUCCUACAAGAAACGAAGGAAAGCAGAUAAGAACUUCUUUCGCCAGAUACGAAAGAGUUUCCAAGUGAUUCGGGUGACCGAUUUCGCAAAAAGUGACGAAUACGUCAAGCACCGUACUCACUUGUUCCAACUAAUUCGUAUCUCACGUUAA